AGAAAAAUUUUAAAUUUCUUGUAGUUCGAAAUGUUUGUAAGUUGCAAGUUUCCACUUGUGCUCGCCGUUCUGCUGGUAAGUAUGAGCUGCUGGAACUCGAACGCGUCUGCGAUGCCUGGGAACUUCCAAGGAAGAGGAUUUGGUGGAUACGGUGGCUUCGGAUCUGGAUCUCAAGGAGGUGGCGGUUACGGCGGGUCAGCGGGAGGAGGCGGGUUUGGCUACGGCACCGCCGCCUUCGGGUCUGGCGGGCUCGGCGUGAGCGGCGGCGGCUACGGAGGCGGCCACGGCGGAGGAGGCUACGGACGCUGAUUGAUGGCAUAGUCCCUGAAUUUUCCGAGUUCCACCUCGCCGAAGAAUGCACCAAAACUGAUGAACUGUCUCGGUAAAACAGAAGUUCUUCAAAUCCUACUGAACGAAUUUAUGGUUCAUUUAGUCGAACAGAUCAGAUAUUCUUGCAAGUAUUUUAUCAUACAACGAAAAAAAAAUAACAGACCAUUAUUUUGCUGACGUUUUCAAAAUUAUUGAAGAUUCAUGUGCAGCUCAAGUAUUUGAAAUCUCUAUAAAAAAAUAAUUCAAUGUUAUAUAUUUAAAAGGUUGUGUUUAUUCACUGAUAUACGACGAAUAAUAAAAUAUUUAAAAGAC